CACAGCAUCUUUCUCUCAAGCGCUGGUGGCUGAGAUCUGUACAGGAGGAAAGCAAAGCACGGGGAAAUCUUAAAGAGGGCAGAGGGGUGAGGGGGUCCCCCCCCCAGCGUGUGGAGUGUGGGGUAUGAAGAUCAGGAUCAGACCUUAUAGUUAUGAGCACCCCUUCCUUCUGGAUCGUUAAGCCGAGAGUCUGGGAUCAGCUUGCCAGAGGAUGAUACAGCUUGUCACUUCCCCCUAGGGAAGGCCCCAGGAUGGCCGAUUACACGGUGACACCUGAUGAUGAGUACGAUGUCCUCAUCCAAGAUGAGGAGGGGAAUGAGACCAUCUGGCCAGAGUCCUGUGACCCAUAUCCGGUCAGCAUCCUCACGGCUCAGCAGAUGCCCUGGCUCUUCUCCAUCAUCUGCGUGCUGGGUCUCCUGGACGGUGUGUUGAUGGUGUUUCUCCUGGUAAAACACAAAGGCCUCAAACACCAGGGGAACGUCUAUUUCCUCCAGUUGGCUGUCUCGAACUUCUGCUUCUGGCUUCCCCUGCCUUUCUGGGCUCACCCGAUCUCCCAGCAGACAAAUCUGGGGGAUCUCACGUGUACCGUGGUCACCGGCUACCACUCAGUGGCCGUGUACAGCAAGGUGGCCUUCCUGGUUGUGCUGAUCCUGCAGAGGUAUCAAGCAUUCUUGCACGCGCGAUGGCUGACUCCGGGCCUGGAAACCACAGCUGGGAAAAUCCUCACCAGCAUUCUGGCUUGGGGAUUGGCUGUGGGGGUGAAUUUGCCCGAGUUGGCCUUCUAUCAACCUUCCCUGCGGAGUCAGACGUGGAAAUGUGCUUGGAGCCAGCAGCCCUUUCCACCAUCAGCCGAGCCCUCCUGGAAAUACUUCCUGACCUUAAAAAUGAACAUUCUGCUCCUGGCAAUCCCUUUGGCUGUAUGGUUAUUCUGUGGCGUGCGGAUGAGUUCCACAUUGACCUUGAGCACCCGGCAGGAUGACCUUGCCCGGCUGGUUUUCCUGCUGAUGCUGAUCUUCCUUCUCACGUGGGCACCGUACCAGGUUGCCCUGCUCCUCUCCACCCUCCAGCCUCCCUCCACACCCCUGCAGGACUGCAAGAUCCGGCACAAGCUGGACACUGGCGUCCAGAUCACCAGAAUAAUCGCCAUCACCCACUGUGGCAUCAGUGCUAUCCUCUACUUGCUACUGGAUGUGGUGUGUAAGAGCCGCGUCUGCAGGCGGCUUCUGGGCUGUGGCGAUGGCUCUCUGAGGCUCCGUGACCAAAACUCCUCUGCCUCAGUAUCCCCAGGACAGCGCCAGGACCAUUGCACUCACGUCUAAGUGAGCCUGUGUCAAAAGCAGGGCCGAUGGCCGUGCAUGUGGGUCGCUUUGCGUGGUUUUGUGUGAUUGUGUGUGGAUGUGAACCAAGCAGUAGAACACCCUCCUAGAAAUAGGGUGCUUAAAGGCUAGCGUGCCCAGGCCCUGAGCUCAAGCCC